CGCUGCGUUUGCCUUAUCAAGACUCCGAAAAAUCUCCAAUUCCGCCACUGUGAAAGGCAAACCAACCAUAGCUUGAACCUUGACUGAAGAGGAUAUUUGAAUCGGAUUUGGAUAUCACCAUCCUAUCGCCUCAAACCACACAUCGAAAGCUACUUUAAUACGAAAUUCAACGAUGAGCAAAUCAUUCCCACAAGUGCAGCCUGGAGGGAGCUUGAUUCUCGCCUGGCGCAUCAAGGACAAGCAUGUCUUGGUGGUGGGCGGUGGCGAGGUUGCGUCUGGCCGCAUUCUCAACUGUCUCAACGCGGAUGCCAAAGUCACUGUCGUCUGCCCUGCGUCCGGGCUAAAUGAAGAGGUCGCAUACCGAAUCGCGGAGAAGCAAGUUACACAUAUCGACAGGCUGUUCGAGCCAUCCGAUCUGGACAAGACAGACAUGGUGCUGGUCGCUAUCGACGACCCGGCAGCCUCUACGGCUAUCUGGAAACUGUGCAAGGAGAAGAGAGUCCCGGCCAACAUUGCGGACGUGCCCCACGAAUGCGAUUUCUACUUUGGCAGCGUCCAUCGCGAUGGGCCGCUGCAGAUCAUGGUCAGCACCAACGGCAAGGGACCGCGACUGGCGGCAUCUCUACGGCGGCACAUAGCGAGCCAAUUGCCGCAGAAUGUCGGGAAUGCUAUUGAGACAAUUGGAGAGCUGAGAUCACGGCUGCGCAAGGUUGCGCCCAACCAUGAAGACAGCCAGAAGCGGAUGCGAUGGAUGUCCAAAGUCAGCGAAGCCUACAAGUGGGAAGAGAUGAGCCAGCUCACAGAAGAGGACUUGGAAAACCUCUUGCUGUUCUACCCCGCAAACAAAGUUCCGGAUAUCGAUAUUUUGAAAUCCCUUCGCGGUCCCGAUAACGACGUCAAGAAGCUCGACGUCUUUGACGGAUCAUUUGGAUUCAGCGUGGGGUCGUAAUCAUAACGCGGAGACGGAAAAAAAAAAGUUGUGUGACUAUUUUGUUGUGCAGGAAAUUGGCGCUCAAUGGUUGUCUUUUCUGGCUAAUUGGAUAUGGAAGUUGGCGUUGAUGUACUGUAACGAGCAAGCGCAGAGUGUCUUGGCUACCAAUAGAAAUGACGAAUUCCUCUCUUUCAGUUUCAGCUAUUUUGGAA